AUGACAACCACCUUUGUCGCCUCUGCCCCUGGCGUUCCCGUCGCCGACGUGUACGAGUACGGACCCAGCUGCAGCACCGUCCCGUUCCAGCACCCUGCAUCCAGGCCUGCAGAUGCAGCCACUUCUGCGGCUUCUGCGCCUUUUGUGACAGCUGUCACCAGCAGCACCCUAGGUGAAGGCGGCCACCUCCACCUGCAGACCGACAUCCCCAGCCAAUCCCAACCACCGCAGCCAUCUUCUGCAGUUCCUGUCCUUGCUCAGACGCUUUCUGACCGCCACAACAGCAGCAUCAGCAGCAGCAGCACCCGCGAUGGCGGUGCGACUUCCUCCGUACUAACCUUUGCCGAAAUACCCAGCGAUCUCGCUCGUCUCAAUUUCAACCACCAACGAAUGCCCGACACCGACACCCACGUAGUCGCUCCCGUCGACUCAGCCGCCUCAACCACCCCUCUCAAACCUCACAGUCAAACACAGACACAAUCGCCAGCAUCGCUGGCGCAACCCACAUUGCUCACGCCUUCGUCCUCGCCCUUGCGCCCAGCACGUCGCGUCGGAUUUGCCGCAACACCGACCGACGACCUCUCGCCCAAUAGCGCUAAUCGUGCCGGCGAUUUUCCAGAGCCCGGCCGUCCUCGCGUGCCUUCGACCGCGUCGUCCGCGUCGUCGACCACUCCCGCCCAGCAUCCCCAGCCUCGCAAGCCGUCGCCUGGCCUCGCGGCCCGGCUCAAGGCUCUUGGAUUUGGUACGACUGCGCGAAAGAAUUCCCAGCCACCAGCGCCAGCCUUUUCCAAUCACCCCGAACGAAUUGGUCGCCUUCCCGAAGAUCAAAUCCGCCAGAUCGACCAGAACCAUCAGGCCGGUUCCUCACAGCUUGUUAUCGAGCGGCGCGGCCGUCCGUGGAAGGGCGCCGGUGCGGCUGUCGCCCGUCUCCCCGCGUCUGUCGCCAAUCUCGCUACAGGACACGGUAAACAAAAACCUGACGCGGACGACGCCGAUCCGUAUUUUGAUUCGACUACAACGUCGGCGACCGCAAUUGUUGUCGUAACGGAACCGGACGGGAGCAACGCUGAUACGGCCUCUCAUUCGCCAGCAUCGUCUUUUCUCCCCGAAAUCGCGCCAACUCAGCCACUCGAUAUGGACACAAACAAGUAUCGCCUGCCUGACCACACCAAUGGGAACGGCACCAAGGUUCAGCUCGACACGCGCCAACAGCACAUCGAGCGCGACUCAACUGCCAAUCCCUCUUCAAACUCGUCCGUCCGGAUCGCCAGUCCCGACAUCCCGCCACCUCUUCCCGCAAAAGACACCCCUCCUCUCACACAACAACAUCAGCAGCAGCAGGCGGCGGCACCAGAGACGCCGUCGCAAUCCGACUUCAAUCCUGAUGCCACCUCCUACUUCAACCCGCUGGGCCUGCAGCGACCGGGUUCUAUCUACACCUUAUCGCGUGUCUCCUUUGCCAACCAGCUCGCGCAGCUGACAUCGUUGCAGCUGCCCGACGCAGAGUCACUAUCCAGCAAGGUUUCUGCCAUUCCCACCGCCCAGGCCGCGUCCCGCGCUCUUAUCGGUGCUGCUGAACAAAUUCGCAACUGGAUCUCCAAAGCAUCAGAAGUGAUCGAGGGCCUUGACAGCGACGACGAUGUGGAGUGGGCAGCAGCCGGUGGCCGCGAGGGCUUGGAGGAAGUGGAGAACGCAAUCCUUCGCUUCGAGGAGCUGAUCAACGUCUACGUCGGUGCCAUCGAAUCACUGCAGUGCCGCCCCGACAUUGCCAACGUGACGCGCGACGAGUUACAACGCGCCGUCUACCAGAUGGAGUCCAUCAUGGAGGAGUGGGGUCGCAUGCGCAGCGCGCUCCAGAGCGUCAAGGCGCAGGUCGAGAUUGCCAUGGAGUGGGAGGAGCUCUGGAGCAUGGUCCUGGGCGACAUCCAGAAUGAAAUGGAGGAACUGAGUCGUCUCGUGUUUGAGAUGGAGGAACGACGCCACCGAUCUCUUGCAGAGGGCGGUGGCGUCGACAUUGGUGACCUGGAGACGAUUGUCGAAGAAACCCAGAACAAACAACAGCUGUCGCCGAAUGUCUCCCUGUCGAGAACCUCGUCUGCCAACAACCGCAACAGCCUGUCCAUCUUCCCUCUCACGCCGGCCUCGCCCGAGGCGCAAAGUACCACGCCGACGAUUUCCCAGGAUGACUCCAGUCUGCUAGCUUUGUUCGCCCGUAUGCAACCGCUGCGCGCCUCUUUGGAUUUCUUGCCCAUGCGCCUCUCGGUGUUCGAAACACGCGCCUCGUCAUGUUUCCCCACGGCUUGCGAGGAGCUCGAAAUGCGCCGCGCUGGCCUCGACGGCACGUACAAGAAGCUGGAGAAGGAUGCAGAGUCGCUGCGCAAGGAACUUGGCGAGGACCGCUGGGUGACUGUCUUCCGCGGCGCCGCCCGGCAAGCUCAGAAGAUGUACGAGUCCGUGGAGCGCAGUGUGGCCAGGCUUAAGGAGGCUCUGGAUAUGGGCUUGCUCCUCACAAACCAGCCUGUUAUGGUCAAGAAGAUCGAGAGCUACGAAACCAAGAAGACACACUACGGCCCCGCCAUUGAGCGUGUUCUUGCGAUUAUUGACAAGGGUGUCAAGGACCGCCUCACCCUGAACGGCGAGAUCUUGCGUCUGCACGUGGAGCUGCAAAGCCAGUGGGAUGAACUGCGGGACCAGAUGCACGAGAUCAACGUGGCGGUUGAAGAGCUGCAUUCUGACGAGCAACGGAACCAGCAGCUUCGUGACUCCAUCUCCAGCAUGCUUUCCAACGACCGGUCGACCAUUGGUAGUGGCCGCGAUACGCCGCAGAGCUCGCCGCCGUCGUCCGUCAUCAUGUCGACCCUCGGCUUGGAUAACAGCAGCAGCAAGCGUCUGGCAGCCAAGCUGGCGGACGUGAACGGAACGCCGACCAACAACCGCCGCCGCUCAAAUCUGGGUGGAACCCACCUUCCACAGCCUGCUGCCCGACGCUCUAUCUCGUCAUCAGUGACUCUCGGUGCUGCCCAGGCCCGAAAACCGCUAUACCGUUUCUCAAGCUCAUUUGGUCCCGGUGGUGGCAGUUCAGUGUCCUCUCCGGGCCGCGAGGGUUCUGUGACUCCUGUCAGCAAACACGUGUCUGGGCAGCCUCCGCGGGCACCUUCUAUAAUAGACAACCGGCCCCGGUGGAACACGUCCACGACCGGCAUCGAUACCGGCCACAACUUCAAGCCGAUGAGCCUUACGACGCCGAGCCCGUACGCGAAAACGCCGCCCAGUGCAACGCGGAGAUCGGUCACGGGCACGCCGCGGUCAACAUCCAGUCUCAGUUCUCGGCUGCCCAUGCGCAGUCCGCUCAGCAGAGGUGUGUCGUCGCCUGCUGCACAGGCUGAUGGCUCGCCGUCUCACGACCCACCUGGUUUCCGCGAUGCACCGCCCUACCGUCCGCCGCGCCUGGCUGCUCACUCAAGCGCGCCGCCGGCUACAUCCAAUCGUCGCGCAUCAAUGCAGCCGCCCUCGGUCCACCUGCCGUCCUCCCCCAACGUGACGCCUCAACGGCCUGCUAGUUCCAUGGCGGCCUCCAGGAGAAACAGCUUGCUUCCUGCGCCGCGUCCGAGAGAGGGCACCAUCUCUGGGCGUGAGUCGCCUCAGGCCAUAGCUGGCGCACGAUUUGCUAUGCGCAAAAAGCCCGUCGAGCCGAAGCCCAAUGGAAAACCUAAGUGGAGACCAUAA